GUCGUGUCUUCAGGCCCCGGAGGCCCCCUCUCCUCCAGGCCCGGGAGGAAUUGCAGGGAACGUGGAGCCUUUUUGUUUCCUAGCAACCCGAGUGAGGGCUGGGGUGUCGAGUGUCAAAACCGGCCGAAGGUGCCCGCACCGGCGCGCUCGCCUUCCUCGCCCCACUACCCCCCACUCUAUGACCUGCCUUGCUUUAAAGUUUCUCCUUCUUUCGGAACCUUGGUCCAUUCUUUCCAGAUCCAAGAACGCUUAUCUAACUUAACCUUUCAACCCUGCUUCACAGACCACUCUUGAAAAUGUUCCCUCUCCUUUAAAAUACAGUACAUGUUAGAAUGAUCUAGAACGGGGUUUCUUCUCUCACGUUAGAACUGACAGGAUUUCCGGGUAUUGAAGUGAUAGUUUCCUUUUGUUUUACCCUUCUGCUUAUUACUUGGUUACUGUGAAGGUGGAGAUAGGAAAGGAAGAUUGCUGUUUCGUGGAAUGAACUGAAGAUAAGGCAGUAACUCCAGGAGUGAGGGAGAACACAAAGGGAUUAGAUGAGGUGGCAUGGUGCUGUUCGAUUUGGCAUACUUACAGGAAGAACUUCGAUCAUCCUACAGAUAAUUUUGGUAGAGUGUCAGUAAGAGUUGGAAGAAGCCCUUCUUGUAAAGAUAUGUAGCACAUCUGACAAACCUGGCUGCUGAUCAGAGUCCUUGAGGAACUUUUUUCUGUAGAAAAUGUUUCCUGACUGCAAUGAGAGAAAGCGGAAUACAUUGUCCCCUCUGUCGUGGAAAUGUGACUAGAAGAGAGAGAGCAUGUCCUGAACGGGCCUUAGACCUUGAAAAUAUCAUGAGGAAGUUUUCUGGUAGCUGCAGAUGCUGUGCAAAACAGAUUAAAUUCUAUCGCAUGAGACAUCAUUACAAAUCUUGUAAGAAGUAUCAAGAUGAAUAUGGUGUUUCCUCUAUCAUUCCAAACUUUCAGAUCUCUCAAGAUUCAGUAGGGAACAGUAAUAGGAGUGAAACAUCUACGUCUGAUAACACAGAAACUUAUCAAGAGAAUACAAGCUCUUCUGGGCAUCCUACCUUUAAGUGUCCCUUGUGUCAAGAAUCAAAUUUUACCAGGCAGCGUUUACUGGAUCACUGUAACAGUAAUCACUUAUUUCAGAUAGUUCCUGUGACGUGUCCUAUUUGUGUGUCUCUUCCUUGGGGAGAUCCUAGCCAGAUUACUAGAAAUUUCGUUAGUCAUCUAAAUCAGAGACAUCAGUUUGAUUAUGGAGAAUUUGUGAAUCUUCAGCUAGAUGAGGAAACCCAAUAUCAAACUGCUGUUGAGGAAUCUUUUCAAGUAAACAUCUGAAGGCUGUAGACAUCUCUGCAUCUUUGUGCCUGCAAGUGCCAUCUUUAAGGGGAAACUACAUGAAGUCACCGUUUCAAUAACUUGAUGUGUGUAUUAAUAAAAGUAAUUCAGUCUUUUGA